AUGGCUGGUAUGCUUCCUGGAGUUGAAUCGGCAAGAAGAAGAAGAUUCCAUUCUGAUUCUCCAACCCCAUCUGGUUAUAACUUGACAAGACGUUCAUCUUUUUGUUUAUAUGCAAGCAAUCAUGAAACCCUUCACAGUUCAUCCUCUUCCAUGAGGAAUCCAAUAAGCCAGGCAUAUUGUGAUGACACGCUAGGGGCUGUGGCUAGAGAAGCCAAGAAAAGGUUGGAUGAGAGGCUGAAAGCACAGUGGAAAUCUGAAAUCAAAAGGGUUUCGAGUGGGCAAGAAAGGACAAGAAAUCUGGAGGUCAGCCCUACAAAUAUAAUUGAAGUGACAGAAGUAUUUGGAUUAAAGAAAAAGUUUAAUUGGGCAAAAUUAAGCUGGAAAUGUACAGAACAAGAGGAAUGUGCAGUGUGUUUGGAGCAUUUUAUGGCAGGAGACACCCUAAUGCAGUUGCCAUGUGCCCAUAGAUUCCAUUCAAAGUGUUUGGUGCCAUGGCUAGAGAGUAAUGCACACUGUCCUUGUUGUAGAAUGGAAAUUCAAAAUUGA